UACCGUGUGUGUUGACAAAGCCAUAAACCAAGUGCGAACAGACUUUAUAAAAACUCAGCUCCUUUAAACACAGACUUGCUGCUGCUGCCUGUUCUGUUCCCUUAAAUCAUGUGGCUUCAUGAUUUUUUUCUGAGUUUGGAUCUUAAAGGAGUUUUAUUGUUUAUUUUUGUGUUUCUCUUGAUAGCAGACUUCCUAAAAAAUAGGAAACCUCCAAAUUUUCCUCCUGGGCCUCCAGCUCUUCCCUUGUUGGGAAAUAUUCUGAGUGUGGAUAGAAAACACCCACACAAAUAUUUCACCAAGUUGGCUGAUAUCCAUGGGGAUCUCUUCAGGGUUCGCUUUGGCAGUGACACACAGGUGUUUGUGUCAGGGUACAAGAUGGUGAAGGAGGCCAUAAUAACACAAGCUGGGAACUUUGUGGAUCGACCACAGAGUGCCAUCGUUGACAGGGUUUACUAUGGUCUCACUAACGGUCUUUUCAUGAGCAACGGUGAAACCUGGAAGAAACAGAGACGCUUUGCUUUGUCUACCUUACGCAACUUCGGCCUUGGCAAAAACAUCUUGGAACAGUGUAUGUGUGAGGAGAUCCAGUACCUGCAGGAGGAGAUAAGGAAGGAGAAAGGUGGACCUUUCUGCCCUGCAGGCCUCUUCAAUAAUGCUGUAUCCAAUAUUAUUUGCCAGCUGGUGAUGGGAAAAAGAUUUGACUACAGUGAUCACAACUUUCAGAUCAUGCUGAAAUGUCUGAACGAGAUCCUUCAGCUGCAGGGGUCACCAUGGGGUAUGCUCUAUGAGGCUUUCCCUGGGAUAAUGAAACACAUGCCAGGUCCUCACAACAAAAUGUUCAAACACUACACUGUCCUACAACAUUUCAUUGGUCAGGAAGUAGAGAGGCAUAAGAAAGACCUGGACCACAACAAUCCCCGGGACUACAUCGACACUUUCCUCAUUGAAAUGGAAAAGCACAAAGAGUCCGACCUGGGCUUCACUGAGACCAAUCUGGUUCUCUGCUCUCUGGAUCUUUUCGUUGCUGGAACAGAAACAACAUCUACCACUCUGAUGUGGGCUUUAAUUUACCUCAUCAAACACCCUGAUGUCCAAGACAAAGUCCAUGCAGAGAUCGACAGAGUGAUUGGACAGACCCGCCAGCCCUCCAUGGCCGAUAGACCAAACAUGCCUUACACUGAUGCUGUCAUUCACGAGGUUCAGAGGAUAGGAAAUAUUGUUCCUCUCAACGGACUCAGGGUGGCUGCCAAAGAUACAACUCUUGGAGGUUAUUUCAUACCCAAGGGUACUUCAAUUAUGCCCAUGCUGACCUCUGUGCUGUUUGACAAGAAUGAAUGGGAGACUCCAGACACCUUCAAUCCUGGACACUUCCUGGAUGCUGAAGGAAAGUUUGUCAAGAGAGAAGCAUUCCUGCCCUUCUCUGCAGGGAAACGUGUGUGUCUUGGAGAAGGCCUCGCCAAGAUGGAGCUGUUCCUGUUUUUGGUUGGAUUACUGCAGAAGUUCUCCUUCUUUGUUCCUGAUGGAGUAGAGCUGAGUACAGAAGGAUUAACUGGAGCUACACGAGUACCUCAUCCCUACAAAUGUUAUGCUAAAGCUCGCUGAGUUAUAUAUUAUCUCACCACAUCAGUUUUGACUAAGCUGGUGUGUAACAGAAGCUUUUGAAGACAAGUGAUUCUGUUUCUCUUCAGCUGUAAAUUUAACUCUGGGUGAAUUUUAUUUUAUAUAACAUUACUUUAUGAACAUCAUCAUUUAUAAUGAGGAAAAUGAAGAUUUUGUAUCAGUUUACAUUUUGUAAACUUAAACAGUAGUUUUUUUUACCCUUUUCAUCAGUUAUGUCAUGGUAUGAGUAAAUGAAGUGUAUAAACUGUGUAAUAUGUGAAUAAAGAAGCUUUAAGACAAGUUCAAUUUGAUACAAAGACAAUACAAAUGUUCAAA